AUGGGCACCAGAUACUAUCAGCAGAGGUUGAUUUCACUUGUUCAAACUGGACAUGCUCAAGCAGGGUAUCGACCAAAUUUGUCUGUGCAGCCUAACUGGUCACAGAUAUUCAGUGGAGGGAACGUCACACUCACAUGUUCCAUUCCAGAAAGGAGAAGACCAAAAGCUUCACUGAUCCUGAUCCCUACUGGACAGAUGUUUAUUAGAGAGAAUGUGACUCUCAGAUGUGGCAUACAAGGACACACAGACACUGAAUGGAGCUACAGCUGGUAUAAAGAUGGUGACAGUAACCAUCCAGUUCAUUCCCGUAAAUGGGAAAAAGAUUAUUCAUUCACCAUUAGAAACUCUGACAGUGGUAAAUACACCUGUAGAGGAGAGAGGAGGAGUGACUCUCAGAGAUCAGAGAUCAGUGAUGCUGUCGCACUGACUGUAUCAGAAAAACCUAAAACUGAACUCACAUCAAGCCAUAAAGGAGCUGCACUGAUAGGAAAUCCAGUGGUUCUGUACUGUGAGCUGGAUCAGUCUGCUGGAUGGAAGUUUUACUGGUUCAAACACACACAGAACCCUGAGAAUGAGAUCAAGACUGAAACACACUCCUACACCAUCAGCUCAGUCAGUGUCUCUGAUGGAGGACAGUACUGGUGCAGAGCUGGGAGAGGAACCCCAGUCUACUACACUCACUACAGUGAUGCUCUCUGGAUUAAUGUUACUGGUGUUUCUCCUCCAGUCUCUCUGAUGGUCAGUCCCAGCAGAACUCAACACUUUAUUACUGACUCUCUCUCACUGAGCUGUGAGGGACAGAGUGACUCUACUGGAUGGAGAGUGAGACGAUACACACACAGUGAGAAGGUGUCAGAUUGUUCAUCAGGCUGGGGAUCAGUUACAGGAUCUACAUGCAGCAUCAGCUCCAUCAACACAUCCCACACUGGAGUGUACUGGUGUGAGUCUGAAUCUGGAGAGAGCAGCAAUCCUGUCAACAUCACAGUGCACAAUGGUGAUGUGAUUCUGGACAGUCCUGUUCAUCCUCUGACUGUGGGAGAUCCUCUGACUCUACACUGUUUAUAUCACCACACAAAGCCCUCAAACCUCACAGCUGAGUUCUAUAAGAAUGGAUCACUCCUCCAGACUCAGACUACAGGAGAGAUGACCAUCCAUACUGUCUCAAAGUCAGAUGAAGGUCUCUAUCACUGUAAACACUCAGAGAGAGGAGAGUCUCCACAGAGCUGGAUCUCAGUCAGAGAUUCAGCUGCUGAAUCUGCUGUUGGUCUGGUUGGACUGGUUGUGGGAGAGAGUAUUGCUUUGUUGUUCAUCUCAGCAAUACUGCUGUGGCUCUACAAAACCAAGAAAGGUCUGAAAACUCAUGUAGAUAUUUUAUGUACAAUUAAAACAUUUGCAAGAUACACAGAAUAA